AUGUGUGAUGGACCUUCUGCUUUUGCGGAGCUGAAAACUGAUAUUCUCGUACUAUGUCCGAACUUGUGGAAAGAAGUACCAAGUCAGCUCUGUGAAAAAGAUUGGGUCAUGCCAGAAGGCUCCGCCAUUGACUCGAGGAGGACUAUUGGAUCUGUGAUAUUCCAUGAGUUGACCCAUCUUAUCCUUGGAAGGUGUCUUGAGCUUGCUCAAACGGAUCCACAAAAGGCUCAGAAUAACGCUCAGUCCUUCAUGUAUUUUGCUAUAGGUAUGGAAGUCCCAAUGCCAAUCUUAGAAGUUAAAAGGAUUAAACGCCUUGCUAACUCUGCAACAGCAAUGCUGUAUAAGGGAAAUGCUUGGUAUAAUGGAAAGGCACAGGCAGCACAUUGA